GACCCAUCAUAUCCGGCCCAUUUGUAUCAUAAAAACCCUAAAACACCCAAUAUAUAAACGAACAUUCUCCAAACCCUAUACUUUAGAACCCUCUCAGCCUCACUUACUCAUACAGAAUUCGUCUGAGGCUCGAAUUGAUCUUCAACCUUCGUUCCAGGAUAAGAGAAGCUUUGCAUCCACUUAUACACAAUGUCUGGUGAGGAGGUUGCUGUCGCUGCUCCCGUUCCUGAGACCCCUGCUCCAUUGGGGGAGACCAUGGACCUGAUGACUGCCCUUCAGCUUGUGCUAAAGAAAUCUCUUGCACAUGGUGGUCUUUCUCGCGGCCUUCAUGAAGGCGCCAAGGUGAUUGAGAAGCAUGCUGCCCAGCUAUGCUUGUUGGCAGAGGACUGUGACCAGCCUGACUAUGUCAAAUUGGUCAAGGCUCUCUGUGCUGAGCACAACGUAGACUUGCUCACCGUUCCAAGUGCCAAAACCUUGGGUGAAUGGGCUGGUUUGUGCAAGAUUGAUUCAGAGGGUAAAGCUAGGAAAGUUGUUGGCUGCUCUUGUGUGGUUGUUAAGGACUACGGAGAGGAGACAGAGGGGCUUCACGUCGUUCAGCAGCAUAUCAAAUCUCACUAAAAUAGACAAAUGAGAUCCCUAUCUAUAUUAGGCUUUUAGAUUUGAUCUGUAUUAGAGCAUUGUGUGCUUUCAAGUCGGGACUCCCUUGAUGAAAAAUUUUGAUUGCUUUUGGUACUCGUACAGUUUGAACAAACGACACUUCUGUCAUGUUUUUUGUUCUGGUUAAUCUUAAAGCUUUUGCCUUA